UGUGCAGAUGGUGCCAUACAUACUCAAAGACCCCAUCCUGAGAAUCCAUUCACCCAAGUGAAUCCUGAUACCAUGUGCUACUACAGCAGCUACUAUGGGGGCCUGGGCUAUGGCUAUGGCUCUGGUUAUGGCUGUGGAUGUGGCAGCUACCGUGGCCUAGGUUAUGGCUGUGGAGGCUGUGGCUAUGGAGGCCUGGGUUAUGGAGGCUAUGGCUGUGGCUGUGGAGGCUAUGGCUAUGGAGGCUAUGGCUAUGGCUGCUGCCGUCCAUCUUGCUGUGGAAGAUAUUAUUCUUAUGGCUUCUACUGAAAAACCCCUUGCUUCUGGACUAUCAAGGAAUCUGUAGUCUUAGAAAGACAUCACUUUCCAUCUGUUUCUACAGCUGGGCUACAUGGGAAGGGUACCACAACAGGGUCUAGCAAUCCCCAUGGCACAUUCAGGACACCAAUGUGGCAGUAACCAAAAAAAGCAAUAGGACCUGUCCUUCUGGGAAGUGAUUCAGACUAUCCCGUCACAAGAAUGACUUCGACAACUCCUUCCCAGAAAGUUGGCUUACCUUUCAUAGAUUAUUGUGUCUUUUAUGACUUUGCAAUAAACUUGUUUCCCUUGCUUACCAAAGUUGUUUUUACUUGUCCUGUUUGACCUCUGUCUCCUUGGCUUUCAGCCUCUCAUCAUGAAGGGAUUUUCAUU